UUUGGUUAUUUAGAUGAAAUAUGAAAGGCUUUUCCUUUGAAGAAACGCGUUUCGUAUACUUAUAAUAAGGGAAUAGAGUUUGAGAGUUUCACAAUUUACAGUAACCCAACCAUCUCCUCUCCGCCUCCGACGUCUUGAAGUCUCGACGAACUCUGUCUUUGACUCAUCAGUUCUUCAAUGAUCUGUUCGGCUUCAUCAGUGCAUCAACGGCGUGAAGUCCCCUCCUCUCCGUGUCUCGAAAUCUCGGGGAGGUCUUGAGCAGCCGUCUUCAUCUGUACAUCUAAUCUGUAGAGACAGGAUUUUCAGUUCUGUAUGCAAACAAUACUCUUGAUGUUAGAAAUACUCUGAUGGAUUCAGAUGAUGAGCUUUUUGCUGGUGAAUCUGGACCUGCAGUAAAACAUGGUCGUGGCAGGUUUCAACCCAGAGCGAAACCAAGACCUAGGAAGGAAACAAUUCUAGCUGUUGCUUCCUCGAUACCGAGCAACACAGAGGAAAAGACGAUUAUAGAAUCAUCCCUUAGCUUGGACACAACACAGAUUCUUCAGCCUGCUGAUAAUAGAUGGACAAAACCAUCUAUCUCUAAAGUCAAAGAACCUUUGAAAAGUAAUGAUGACUCUUUAUCACAAGAUCCAAUUAUGGAUGAUAACUUGAAAUCACAGGUAGUGAACCCAUCAUCUGAAGCUGUUGCGAGGAGAGAUGAUGUCUGUUCUGGAGAUAUUCUGCCUAUGAAAGUUGAAACAUUGGCAAAACAGGACAUGAUACAGACCUCCAUCUACACAGACACUGAACACUUAGUUCAGCCAAUUGAUGUUACGAAUAGGGAUUACAGAAUGACAGAUCCUGUGGGUCUGUCAUUGGCUGCUGUAGAAAUUGGUGAGUCUGAAGAACAAUUAAAAGAGAAUGAUGGCUUUGGAAAUGCUAUACAUUCAGAGGUUACGGUUUCUGUUGGCUGUGGAGAUCUGCACUCUUCAUUUGAAAAACCAGCGGGAGACUUAUUUGCAGGUUUCAAAUGUGUCACUAAUUAUCUUAGCCCCUCUACAAAUGAGAUGGAGAAGCCCGCUAUUGGGGAUUUGGAGAAUGUAGAUGGAGGCGAAAAUGGUGGUAUUCAGGGUAGAAGUUGUUUUAGUGCUUCAGAAGCAAGUGAAUUUGAUGCUUCCCAAGCUGAAAGUUGUGCUGAUUUAUUCAUGGUCCAAGAUCCCGUAACUUGCAGGGAGACUUGUAUCUCUAAAUGUGAUGUAGUUGUCUCUGUUGAGGAUGGAAGAAUGGAAACAGAGGUUCAGCAAUCCAGGGCGUCUUCUGACUUGGAAACUGAUUUUAUAUCUGGGGCAACGGUUGCAUCUGGAUGGCAUGCUGGGAAAUUCAAACCCAAGCCUAAGUUACGAGCUGGGAAGGAGAACUCUAAUAUCAGCAUGACCAAUGCUGAUGCAGUUGAAUCGGUUAUGGAGCCACCGACUGUGCAGUAUGUUUCAUCUGAAUCUCAGUACGUCUCAGAGGGCUCAUUUUCUGUUUUUCCACCCGAUCACAUGUUUGAUUACACAUCCGUAGACUUGGGAUAUAUCAUUCCGCCUCAAGAGUCUAUGGACUCUGAAUUCCCAAUGAAUGAAGAACUGACAAAUCUUGCUGAAACAUACCAUGCUGACAAUACUACUUUGGGGGAUGUACAAACAGAGGAUGUUUGUGGAAUGACUGAAAACCAGAGUUCUGUUGGCAGGGAAAGAAAAGUUUCUACUGCAUCAAAUUUGUCUCAGAGGUCAAAUGAAUCUUCUUUGGUUGGUGAGGAGCAUAAAGGUGGCAAAUCAUCAAAGAAUCGCAAAAAGCGAGUAGCUACUCCCCAACUGGUUGAUGAGCCUGAUGAUGAGACUCAUGACGGCUUCACUGCUGAUCCUCUAAGUAGCAAUGUGGAUGAAGAUGUAGGUAUUGGUGAACAUAGAGUGGAAAGUAAAGCUCAGAAGAAAAGAGCACCAAGAAAGUCAAAGAAACCUGUGACUGAAAAUGGAAAACCAGUUCGUAGGCGCAAGAAAUCCAAUGAAGCAUCAGAUCAGUCAACCAAAGAACCUCCCAAGAAGUUCUCUCAUUCAACUCGCCGAAACAGAAGACGUGUGAGUAAGGAAUUGCUAGAGACCCCAGAGGAUGAAAUUGACCCUCGAAAGGUGCCUAUGAAGGAUCUAAUUUUAUUGGCAGAGUACAGGGCGCGGUUAGAGAGUAAAGAGGCCAAAACAUCGACAAGAUCCUCGACCAAUCAAAGUUGGUUGAUUUAUUUUUUCGGUUACAAAUGUUUUCUGUUUAGUACUGAAAAUCCUUGUGAUGAGGAUAAUCAUAGUGGAGAGGAGACCUUUGCUUCAGAACAAGGCAUUGGCUAUACUGGUAAUCAAGCAACUCGUAGGGUUCAGUCAAGCCUUCACUUCAACUAUCAGUCUUUCAUGAAGAAAACACCAACAGUAAGAUGGUCAAAACAAGACACAGAAUUGUUUUACGAGGCUAUUGGACAGUUUGGUACUGAUCUUACAAUGAUACAACAACUUUUCCCUGGAAGAACACGUCAGCAAAUCAAGUUAAAAUAUAAGAAGGAAGAGCGUAAACAACCAUUGAAGCUUAAUGAGGCUCUCACCAAUCGUUCCAAAGAUCAUUCCCAUUUUGAAAAGUUGAUUGAACAGCUUCGGGAAAUUGCUGCACAGGCACGGCAGGACAGUAAUGGAGAGGAGCCAAUUGACAUACCAGGCGAAGAAGAGGUGGAGGAAUUGGCUACUGAAAUUAAUGACGAAGCAGAAAAAGUGAAGCAGGAUGAAGAUGGGGAAGCAGAUGUUGCAGCAGUCGGUAGUCCAUUGAAGAGUGAUGACGAUGAUGAUAUAUUUAGUUCAUAUAACAAUGUAUUUUAGCAAUUAAAGACUAACACAGAUUACUGGAUAUUUAUCUCAUUUUCUGUUCUGGUAAA